CAAUCUUUGGGCACUACCAGUCCACUUGCCUUCCUGUACACAACAUGGCAGCGAAGGGCUGCGCUUUCCAUACGACGCUCUCUACUGCCCCCUGCAGGAUGUUCAGCGAAGCGAGCAAAUAAAAAACAGAAGAAGAAGUAGGACUCGAAUCAGCCAAACAAAGCGAAAAAGCCGCUUCACCCCCGUCCUGUGCGACAUCUCCUCGGUGACAGCCGCUUAUCUCCGGCCAGGACCCGCGCAUAGGUCCCGCACCCGUCCGCACCGCCGGCCAUAUCCCCCGGGGGGGUUAAACAACGACAGCGACAACCAAGAUGGUGAAGGCGAAAAAAUCGUCUCCGAAACGUGCGUCGAGCGGCGGAGAGCGACACACCAGGACGGCGGCGGCGGCUGGAGCGGUACCGGAGGCGCCCAAAUCCGCAGUGCAGCUCCUGGGCAUCAAGAAGGGCAAAGCCAAGAAGGUGGCGAUCAAGAAACAGGUGGAGGAGGACGAGGAGCGCUUCUCCCUGCUGGAUCUGGGGGGGCAGAAGGAGCGAUGGGUCAACUUCAUCCGACAACAAAGUCUCAGCACCGAGGAUGCGGCCAAACUUCUGCUGGACUCCUUUGAGUACAAAGGGCUGGUGAAGCACAGCGGAGGAUGUCACUGCGGAGCCGUUCGUUUUGAGGUUUGGGCAUCGGCUGACCUCCAUGUCUUUGACUGCAACUGCAGCAUUUGCGUAAAGAAGCAGAAUCGCCAUUUUAUUGUUCCUUCGUCGCGCUUUAAGCUACUGAAGGGCGCAGACAACCUCACCACCUACACCUUCAACACCAAGAAAGCACAACAUACAUUUUGCAAGACCUGUGGCGUCCAGAGUUUCUACACACCUCGCUCCAACCCUGAUGGCUACGGCAUUGCGGCACACUGCCUUGAUGAAGGGACAGUGCGCAGUAUCCACGUGGAGCAGAUAAACGGGAAAGAAUGGGAGAAAGCUAUGAAAGAGCACAAGACCAUCCGCAACAUGUCAAAGUCCUGAGAGAGUCCACACAGUUGUUUUAUUCCUGAUCAUUUAUAGUUUUCCGUCCAUUACUAGUUUUAUACAUUUCUGCCAUUGUGGCCUGUCUUCAAUAUAGUGAAUAAAAUCUUUUCUAUACAUUCA